UUUACUGCAAAAGAGGAACAGUUUUGAAAUGUCCUCAAAUGAAAGCGACUUGAUCCAGACAAAUCUAUUCCCUUGCAUCAAAAAAUAACUUUAGUUGGAGGUGAGGCGCUGCCAUGAUUAUAACUUUGAUUUUCUUGUUCCAGAUUUAUGGCCAGAGUUUGUGUCAGAAUGAAACCAGACCUAACAUUGUGAUGGUGAUGAGUGAUGCAUUUGAUGGGAGACUGACAUUUGACCCUGGCAGCAAAGUUGUGCAGCUGCCAUACAUAAACUAUCUCAGGGAGCUUGGGACCACCUUCCUCAAUGCAUACACUAACUCCCCUAUCUGCUGUCCUUCAAGAGCAGCGAUGUGGAGUGGUCAGUUUGUUCAUCUCACUCAGUCAUGGAACAACUAUAAGUGCUUAGAUGCAAAUGCAACAACAUGGAUGGAUUUACUGAAAGCAAAUGGAUAUCAGACCAAGAUGUUAGGGAAGCUGGACUACACCUCAGGGAGUCACUCUGUCAGCAAUCGAGUGGAGGCUUGGACACGAGAUGUUGAGUUCCUUCUGCGCCAGGAGGGCCGGCCUGUUACACAACUUGUUGGGAACAUGUCAACAAUAAAGAUAAAAACAGAAGACUGGAAAAAUACUGACAAGGCUGUACAGUGGAUUCACCAGAAUGCUGCUACUCCACACCAGCCCUUUGCCCUGUAUCUUGGCCUUAAUUUACCUCACCCCUACAGAACUGAAUCCCUGGGGCCCACAGCAGGGGGCUCCACCUUCCUCACCUCACCAUACUGGCUGAAAAAGGUGUCUUCAGACAGCAUCUCCAUUCCUAAAUGGCUGCCCAUAGCUGCCAUGCAUCCUGUUGACUAUUACUCCACAGUGACAAAAAACUGCAGUGGUCCCUUCACUGAGGAGGAAAUCAAACGUAUCCGAGCUUUCUACUAUGCCAUGUGUGCAGAAGCAGAUGCUAUGUUGGGACAGAUAAUUACAUCUCUGAGAGACACCAGCCUACUUAACAACACCAUUGUGAUCUUUACUGCUGACCAUGGGGAGUUGGCUAUGGAGCACCGACAGUUCUACAAGAUGUCCAUGUUUGAGGGCAGUUCCCAUGUUCCCCUCCUCUUCAUGGGGCCUCGACUGAUGUCUGGCCUGCAGGUUGAUCAGCUUGUGUCCUUGGUUGACCUGUACCCCACCAUAUUGGAUAUUGCUGGUAUUUCAGCAGUAGGUAAUCUCAGCGGUUACUCGCUAGUUCCUCUUAUGUCGAAGUCCACUGCUUUUCUCAAGAAGCAACAUCCAGGCUGGGUUCUGAGUGAAUAUCAUGGUUGUAAUGUCAAUGCUUCUACAUAUAUGCUGAGAAGUGGACGAUGGAAAUACAUCACCUAUGCAGAUGGUCUGAGUGUUCCCUCACAGCUCUUUGACCUAAGACGAGACAAGGAAGAACUUCAUAAUGUUGUUCUGAAGUUCCCAGAUGUGCAGGCACAUCUUGACAUGUUAUUGCAUAAAAUUGUGAACUAUCCAAAGGUCUCUGCAGCUGUUCAUCUCUACAAUAAAAAAGCAUUUGGGGCCUGGCGUGAUAGUUUAGGCAGAAACUACAGCCAGGUUAUAGCUAAUCUUCGGUGGCAUGUGGAUUGGCAAAAAGAUGUGAUAGCAAAUGAGAAAGCUAUUGACCGGUGGCUCUAUGGCUCUGUUUGAUGUUCUCACACUAAACAGUGCUGUAGUUACAGAUGGCUUUUCAUAGAUUUUAUACUGUAAUGAUGACAACAUAAAAUGUUAUGCUGUAAUAAUGGGUUAUCACACUAAUACUCUGGUUGGCAUUUGGUAGUUUUAACCUUGUGACAAUUUCAGUGGAGCUUAAAAGGAUUUCUUACAAAAAAAAAUCCAUCUAUUCAUUAACUCUGUGUUUCUAUUCAUAGAAUUAAAAUUUAUUUUUGGUCAAUAUUGUAUGUCUUUAUCAUGUU